AUGGCUCAAGUGAAAAGCGAUCACGCACCAACAUCGGAAGUUGAAUCUUUCGAUCCUGAAUUGGCUGCCGGAAUCGCCGAACUGCUCACUCGCAUGGCUGUCGAAGAUGACGUCGGCAACCAGUACAUCGAUUUGGAAGAACUGCCGGCCGCGCUCAAACUCCAGGUGUCUCAGUAUUUGACGAAGCAGCAGGUGAUGGACGAGGAAAAGCAAUUCCAGGAGCAAUUGAAAUUGAAGCAAAAAGCAGAGAAGCUGAAAGCGCAAGGGACUAGUUUCGCCAGCCUUUUGAACAAGCAAAGUGACGGCCAAAUUGAUGACCUCUUGAGCAGUUUGCUGCAGGGAACUCUCGCAGAUUAUCCAACACCAACAGCCGGUUAUUAUCCUCAACGCUAUGCACCUUACGCCUACCCCCAAAGACCGGUCUAUUCUUCCGGAUAUCCCCUGUAUGGAUUUUACCCUCAAUACGGAGGGUACCACGGCAGUUUCAGACCUUAUUGCGGACUAGAAAGUUAUCCGUACGCCGCUCUGAAAGGCUACUACCCCUUCUCCAAUGGCAACCGACCCUACCGUCCGCAAAGUUCGUUGAUGAUUCGCGGACAAUUGCAGAAUUUGUACGGCGGAUCCGUCGGACCCAGUCCUUUGCCUUACCGCAUGGUUGACGUACCACCCGGCUAAUUAAAUAAGCAUUUUUAACGGCACGAGCGUCAUGCAUAUAAAUGACAGAAUGAACGGCCCAUUUAACGAAAAAGGAGAGAACCAGUCCAGCAGAUGGGUCACUGGCCGUUGCUUCAAACCAGUUUUCUUCUUUUCCUCGGAAAUGAAUUGUUAGUCACGAAACGUGACGCACGAUAUCAACAGUUAUAAUAACAACGCAAAACAAAUGUAUCAAACUUUAAGGUUGAAAAACAAUAUUUUAAUAUACAUCUUUGGCUCUAUCCUUUUACCAGCAGGUUCUGAGCAACUGUCGUGACUCGAAUUUUGUCUUCUUCUUUUUCUUCUUCCUUAUCUGUUGGCCAUCCUUUUUUCUUCGCUUUUCGGUUGGGUUUUCCUUUCCUCCUCCUACUCCCGGCUCCGGCUCCUGCUGCAGUUCUAUACGUCAGUUGGGAACACAUUGGACUCAACCCAAAGUAUUUCAAUCCGAUGAUGAACGCUUAUAACUUGCCUAACAUUUUGACAUUUCAGGUAUAAGACGCCAGAGAAUAACCGUGACAUUAAAGACGAAUCGAUUUGGAACAGCAAAACUCGCCAAUUGAGAGUCGAUUGUAUUGGAGCUUCUAAGGGACUUUUUAUCGGCCUCUUUUUCCUGACAGCUUCGUUCUCUGUCUCGUUUUAUUCUUCAUUUUUGUACCAAUUCCGCAAUUCAAACGACUGGGACUCAUCCUGGCGGCGCGGCUCAUUGCACUUUGCUUCUCGUCUCCAUUCUCGCCAUGGCUUUAGGGGCGUUGUGUUUCUGGUUAAUAAGACAACAGUCAGAUGUGGAGUUAAUGGUUGCCUCUUUAGAAAAGUAAUAAUCUGAUUUUGAGGAAGAAGACAGUCGGCAAAUGGUAGAAAAACUCGAUAUUCUGGAUAUAGGUAAGGCAAAUUCCAUAACUACUCUAUUAUAAAUGUUCGCACGAAUAUAUGCGUGACCUAGC